AUGGGAAAGGAAAAGACUCACAUCAACAUCGUUGUCAUCGGACACGUCGACUCUGGCAAGUCCACCACCACCGGUCACCUGAUUUACAAAUGUGGUGGAAUUGAUAAGAGGACCAUUGAGAAGUUUGAGAAGGAAGCUGCUGAGGUGCGUUUGACUCUGGAAGCAGUUGUCAGUUUUCAAUUUUAAAUGGGUGCAGAAAGACAGCUUUACGAGAUACAUUUUUUUCCACUGUAAAGCUGACAUUAACUUUUGAAUUUAUGUAGCGUUUGCUAUAUUGGAAGGAUCCCGUGAAGUUAAUUCCUUUGAGGUGUGGGCAGCUUGUGUCUUAUUCCUAGUUUGUGUUGAAACAACUGUUUCCAUAGAACUGCUAAAUUCUAUGAAAUUCUUGCAGAAGAAACUAGGUGAUAAAAGUUUGAACAGUUCAUAUUGCAUAUAUUAGGUAAUGGUGGAUUAGCAUGUCAGUGGGUUAAGUAAGCAAAGUAGGUGUGGAAUCUUUCACUGCUUCUGCCAAGUGCAAUUUGCUAAACAUAGCUUGUAUAUUAUAUUUCAGAGCAUGGAAGUGUGCUAUCUUUAGAAACAGAUUCAGUUAAUGUGUUCAUUACUGUAUGUUUAGUGCAAGAGACAUUCAUGCCAUUUUUCUCCCCCUUUAAAUAGAUGGGUAAGGGCUCCUUCAAGUACGCCUGGGUGUUGGACAAGCUGAAGGCAGAACGUGAACGUGGUAUCACCAUUGAUAUUUCUCUUUGGAAAUUUGAAACAAGCAAAUACUACGUCACUAUCAUUGAUGCCCCUGGACACAGAGACUUCAUCAAAAACAUGAUUACUGGUACCUCCCAGGUGAGCAAACAGUUUUACCAUUUUGGCUAUAAUAAAAAGUAAAUACUGUAUGAUGAUUAAAACAGUAUAAAUAAAUGAUUACAUAUUUUUCCUAAAGGCCGACUGUGCUGUCCUGAUUGUUGCGGCUGGUGUUGGUGAAUUUGAAGCAGGUAUCUCCAAGAACGGGCAGACCCGUGAGCAUGCCCUUCUGGCAUAUACACUGGGUGUAAAACAGCUCAUCGUUGGUGUUAACAAAAUGGAUUCCACCGAGCCACCUUACAGCCAGAAGAGAUACGAGGAAAUUGUCAAAGAAGUCAGCACAUACAUCAAGAAAAUUGGUUACAAUCCUGAUACAGUGGCUUUUGUGCCAAUUUCUGGCUGGAAUGGAGACAACAUGUUGGAGCCCAGCUCUAAUGUAAGUAAUAAUGCUCGUCAAGAAUUGUGAGACUGCAAUUCAUAUAAUUUUGGAAUUUGAAAAGAACAAUAAAUGUAAGGUUUUAAUAGUUGCUCAUCUGAUUUCUGCAGCAAUGAGGAAAUGAUGAUGAUAAUAAUAAUAAAUUAUUAUUUAUACCCGGCCCAUCUGGCUGGCAACACAUAUUUAACAAAAUCUACAUGCUCAAGUUCAAAACUUGUGCAAUAUUCUUGUCAAAAACUUUAUAUUCAGUUAUCACCAGAAAGUAACUAAAAACUGCUUAUAGAGCUUUCAUAGAAAAGUAACAUGUUGCAUUUCCCCCCCUUUCUGCAGAUGCCCUGGUUUAAGGGAUGGAAAGUGACCCGUAAGGAUGGCAACGCUAGCGGAACUACACUGCUGGAAGCUCUGGAUUCUAUCUUGCCACCAACUCGUCCAACUGACAAGCCACUGCGUCUGCCACUUCAGGAUGUCUACAAAAUUGGUGGUAUGUACUAUAAGAAUUUUAUAUUGUGUUAUCGGAGGGACUAGUGCCUACAAAGUAAAGCUUUCGUAUUAGGUAAUAAUUUAAUUGAACUUGCAUUUCAAAAAUGUAAAUGGCACUGGAAGUUUGUUUCAUUUCUGUACGUAGCUGUGCCAUCCCAUCCAUUUGACCUCCCCCACACGUGACACUGCUCCAUUCCUGUUUCUUUCUCUGCAGGUCAAGUAUACGUGUAAUGCCAUGAUUGUAAACUUUAUAUUUCUUUCCUUAAGGGAUUGGUACCGUUCCAGUUGGUCGUGUGGAAACUGGUAUCCUGAAACCAGGCAUGGUUGUAACAUUUGCCCCAGUUAAUGUUACAACUGAAGUAAAAUCUGUGGAGAUGCACCAUGAAGCUCUGAGUGAAGCUCUGCCUGGUGACAAUGUUGGCUUCAACGUAAAGAACGUGUCUGUUAAAGAUGUCCGUCGUGGUAAUGUUGCUGGUGACAGCAAAAAUGAUCCACCAAUGGAAGCUGCUGGGUUCACAGCACAGGUAUUUAGCAAUUCUUAAUUUGGUCAAUUUCAGCUUACAUACAGCUAGAUGGGAAUUAAACUUACUGUAUGCAGCUAGAUGUAGAUUUCUCUUCUUUGAACUAUUCCAUAGGUUAUCAUUUUGAAUCAUCCUGGCCAAAUUAGUGCUGGCUAUGCCCCUGUGCUGGAUUGCCACACUGCUCAUAUUGCCUGCAAGUUUGCUGAGCUGAAGGAGAAGAUUGAUCGUCGUUCUGGUAAGAAGCUGGAAGAUGGUCCCAAAUUCCUGAAAUCUGGAGAUGCUGCCAUCGUUGACAUGAUUCCAGGGAAGCCCAUGUGUGUGGAGAGCUUCUCUGACUAUCCUCCUCUGGGUAAGUAGCCAUUUUAGUUCUAACUUGUUUAUCAGGGCAGGGUUAGUUUUGGAGUAGCUGUUACUAAAUUUGUAUACCGUUCUAUACUCUUGGAUCAGUUCCAGAUAGCAAUGUGAUACAGCUACCUUUUUUCCCUUGAGAAUAUUAAUAGAAAACUCAAGUUAGCAUCUGAGUAAUUAUUUUUUGCACUUUGCUCAUCUUAAAUGGAAAAGUGCAUUUUCAUUUUAUAAUUGCCCAUAGGAUGUAGUGUCUUUCUUUGAAGGUUUCUUGGUUGUUAACUCUCUUCUUCACACCUAGGUCGCUUUGCUGUGCGUGAUAUGAGACAGACCGUUGCUGUUGGUGUCAUCAAGGCAGUCGACAAGAAAGCAGCUGGUGCUGGCAAGGUCACAAAGUCUGCCCAGAAAGCUCAGAAGGCUAAAUGA